AUGGAAGCAUCUAGUGCGGUUGCUUCCUGGAUCGGGGCCCUUGCAACUGCAGUCGGCCUCGGCUCUUUAAUCGCUCAGGGUACGGUCAUCCAGGAGCAGCUGGACCCUUUCUUCAUUUUCAGGGACCCGGAACUCCUCGGUCCUUGGGCGAAACGACAGCCAAAGCGAUCGUGGAAUCAACUCUGGAAGCCGACACCUCUUGGACCUGUAAUCAUCGCCUCGCUCGCAGGCUUCUGCCGCGUCAACGAUGUUCACCUAACCAGAAAAGCGAGAGAAGAAUCCGGGAAAGCGUCAUGGGCGGUGCUGAUGGACAUCCUGAACCAAGAAUCUCAAAAUCCCGCGCCGCAGUUCGGCGCAGAUGGUCGAGCCAUCUCGACUGAUCGAGGGAUACCAGACCAUGCAAAGGCUCGCAGGUGGGCUCACAUCAAUGUGCAGCCGCUGGUUCGCCAUGGAGCAGCUAUCUGCGUGCGCAUUUCCAGGGCGUCUCUGAUCACUCUUCUCAGCGUCACAAAUGCGCGGUCGGUCUUCCGGUAUUCUGGCGAUGCUGGUUAUCGAGCAUCAUACCCCUCGUACGCAGGACUCUGGACAAUCGAAUGGGCCAUCGGCACGCCGGCAAUCGUCAAGCUGUCGCCUCACGAUAUUCUGAAGGCGCCUGGAUCCGACGUGUACCCCGCAUCGAUUCACCAGCGCGUUGACAGAUGCAUCGAAAUGCUCUGCGGAAUCUGCAACAGCCGCGAAAAGGGGGAGGACAGCCUUCUGGUCGCCUUCCCCGGGCGCAAAGACAAACCGGCAGUUCUUGAAUUUCAAAGUAGGGGGUUUGCGGGUUCUCAUGGAAGCCGUCACCUGUACAACAUGGUGGGCGGUUGCGUCCACGAUGUUGAUCUCCUGCAUCGAAGAGCUCUUGAUGACGAUGCCUUGGAGUUGGUACGAUCGGAAUCGGGCACCCUGAGACUGGACCUCCCAAGUCCCACCGACGACCAGUCAGUACCGCUGUACGCGCGUCAGCCGGAAAUCGACAUCAUCUGCAACGUAUUGGACAAUCUGCCGUGGACAACUCUUUCGUGGUCCAUGCAUCGCGGCAUGCGUGACAUCCUGCUGGCCUACGGAAAACCGCGCAUGGAUUCGCAUAGGUCCGCCCUUGCGGACGUGCUUCGAAAGUCGGUGUCAGACAACGGCCGUCUUCUUCAAUCUCGAGGAUGGAAGAGUAGUAUGGUGAAAGGAAGCAUGCCGGAUAUCGUUCACGCCACGGUGAUGGCAGGGUCCGGCGACAGUGGCGAUGUUGUCCGAGCUUUCACGGAGGCCGCCUUCAUACUUGUGCGCGGGAAGCAUGACCUGGAUAAGACUGAUUUCUGGGGUGAUGUUGAUGGAAAAUACUGGGAAUCUGAGGAGGUCUCGGAGUCUGGGCUAUCGGUGGACGUCAUCGUUGCUCUGACUAAGUUUGUUGUGCUGGAAUGGAGUCAGGAGUUGGAUUAUCAGAUGUAUCAUGACCUGCCGAUGGAACUCCUUCUGGUGUCGUGA